CAAAAUAGAAAGAGAGAGCGAGACAAUGGGAGGUGCAGUUAAAUAGAGGGACACCAAAGUCGAUCUGUCCAUCCUGCUUCUGCUGUUGUCACAUCUCUUUCUCUGCUUCUUCUGACACUGUGAGAACUGAUCGGCAGGAUGCCUGAGCAUGUGCAAGAGAGGAAACCAAAGAUCUCAGCUUCAAGGAAGCUGAUGCUCAAGAGUCUGAUGGUGGCAAAGGCCAAGGAGGAAUUGGAACAGGAGGUCCUGGUUAAAGAGGAGGAGAAACAGAAGUAUCUGGCAGAGAGAGCUCCUCCUCUAAACACCAGCAGCCUGAGCCUCGCGCAGCUACAGGACCUAUGCCGAGAGCUCCAUGUCAAGAUAGAUGUGGUGGAUGAGGAGCGAUAUGACAUUGAAGCCAAAGUCAUGCUCAACACACGUGAGAUUAAAGACCUGAAUAUUAAGGUUUUGGACCUCAGGGGGAAAUUCAAGAGGCCUAAUCUUCGACGUGUUCGUGUGUCUGCUGACGCCAUCCUUCGCUCACUGCUGGGCUCCAAGCACAAAGUCUCCAUGGACCUCCGGGCCAACCUCAAGUCUGUCAAGAAAGAGGACACUGAGAAGAAGAGGCCAGUAGAGGACAGUGACUGGAGGAAGAAUGUGGAGGCCAUGUCAGGGAUGGAGGGAAGGAAGAAGAUGUUCGAUGCUGCUAAGGGUCCUGCCCAGUGAACCCAGAAGGUGAUGGGCUGGUGUCAUGUGAGCGACAUCACUCCUCCUACAUCUGAAUUGAUUUUGUUUUCCUACGGUCUACUGCAGGUUCUGCAUUUCUAUGUCUGAUGCUGUCAUUCUCGCGUAUGCUCCUGCCAUGGAGGGGAAAAGAUGCCCCCACACUCUCAAAAGAUUUUCUCCACUUGCCUUAAGAACUGAUCUGUUUGCUGUUCGUUGAUAUGACGUUAAAAUGACUUUAUCUACUGUAUGUGCCAUGUGCUAUUAUUUGUAUUAUUCUCUGGAUAGUAUUGUAAUUUAAACAGCAGGCCAAAUGUUACUAAAGCCAAUAAUAAUAUGACCUGGCCAAAUUAAACUGCAUCUUUGAUAUUCUUGCUUGGUGAUAACUGUAAGCAUGGCGUCUGGUUUUGUGAACUGUACCAAAAUGAUUUUUGCAUCAGCUGGAUUUAAAUUAAUUUUGACACAACAAUAAAACACACAAAAUUAA